ACCACAAUAAUAACGUAGUUACUGUAACGCGUUACUUAAUAACGCGUUAGUCCCAACACUGCAUUUAUGACAGAAGAAAAGUAGCAAGAGUGAAAGGGAAAGUUUAUAAGAUGGCAGUGAGGCCUACUGUGAUAUAUGGUUUGGACACAAAGAAAGAAAAAGGUGGAGCAGGAGGUGCUAAGAUUUUCAUUGACGUUGACCAGGAUGGUGCAGUAUUAGAAAUGAGUGUAUCAGAUGGACACUUUGGAGAAACGGCUGACAUGGUCCUCCAUGUGCAGAGGAGGGAUACAGGAUACACCGGACAAAGAAUGUUGGAAGUUGGAAGAAGUUGGAAAAAGAGGAAUACCACGGAUAAGAUUUGUGGAUGUAGAGAAGGCAGAGAGAUGAGGAUGCUAGGGAUGGGGUGUUUCACUGUGGCAACGUCUAAAGGGAGCAGCCAAAAUAUGAAGAAGAAGAAAGCAGCUAUGCAUACAAUGAAGUCAUACAGUUUGUUAAUGAAGAAAUUUAAUACCCACAUCAAUAUGUUACUGCAGCUCAAGCUCAAGGUAAUUAUUUGGUUAAUAGUAGCUUAGUUCUUGGCCACAUGACUGAGGAGGAAGCUGAGUUGGAGCGUAUGGGCCUGUGCAGGUAAGACUAUGGGUACCCCUCACAUCUCUUUGGAGCUAAAAAGAGGUUAUUCUUUAGCUUGUAUAGGUAGUUGGAAAGCACGAUUCUGCUACAAUUAAUAUUAAUUUGUUGAGGCUAUUCUGCACUAACAGUCGAUCGUUUUUUGGGGGGAAACCUGGCAAAAAGUUCUUAAACAGCACUUUUCUACUCUAUCUAAACACUCAAAGUGCUUUACACAACAUGCCUAUAUCUAAGUUCAUUAAGUGCUUUUAUCUAACAUUCACACUCCAAUCAAGGCAUCAGAGAACACCUCAGGGUUCAGUAUCGUGCCCAAGGUUACUUUGGCACAAGGGCUACGGCAGCCAGGUACUGAAACACCAACCUUCCGAGUAGUGGCUGACUAGUCUACCUUCUGCACUACAGCCACCCCCAAUCUCUCCUGCUUUACUUCCAGCUUAAGUUAUUUUUGCACUUUUAUUACUGUAAUUAUGGAUUCUACCCUGUAGCCUGUAAAGGUGGCCCACUGCACAGGUUUAUUAAUUAUACAGGGUGUGACUGUGGAGUUUGGUUUUUAACCUGUGAUUUGGGGACUUGUGCAUGUGUGAGUGCAAGCCAAACUGCAACAGUUUGACAGUAUUGCCUCUCCUCUUGUGUUUUUUUUUUAAAUAAAAGUGCAACGUGAGUUAGGUCAGAUACCCCCAUUAAUACUUUUUAAAGCUAAAAAAGUUUUAAGUUGUAAGAAUUUUUUGAAGUAGUAUCAAAGAGCAACAACAAAAUGUUCACUCUGCCAACUCUGUAUUUUGCAGCAGGUUGUAAACAUGCAUUUUAAGGCUGUACCGUUAGACAUUUUAACAUGGCUGCCCGUGGGGACUGACUUUCGGAGGCAGCCUCAGGCACCAAGUGAAACAGCACUUUUUCUUUUUUUCAGCUUUGAAGGUUGCAUCCUUUUAGUAAACAAGCAAUUUCACAUUUUUCACGGACUUCUUACAUUUUCCAGAGUGGUCUGGGAUUAAUCGAUAGAACCAAAAAUUACUUUAUCGAUCCUGAAAACAGUUAGCAGCAGCCCUAGUUGGUCGUUAUUUUCAUUUUGAUCGACUAAUCGACCUCAGCGCGCACAACAAACUGCCUGUCUGCUGGCUUCCAUCUCCUAUUAAUUAAUAUCGACUGAUUGUCUGGUCUGUUGAGUAAUGACGGGGGAAAAGACGGUGAUGGUGAUGGUCCACUCUCUUUCAGCUCUGUGUCAUUUGGCAGAGCUGUGACAUGAACGUGUCCUUGUGGCAGAUGUUUGUGGUUACUUGAAAUGCUCUGGCUCUUAAGAGUAGAUCUCCUCCUCCUCUCUCCCUCUCUCUCUUUGUGUGUCUGUAUACUCCGCUAUAUUCAGCUCACUCCUCCAGUCGCGGUUACCGGGCGUGCGGUUGCCAGGAGAGACGCGCGUGCAGUGCAGUGUACAGUUUUAACGGCAGAGCGGCACGGGAUCUUCCCCGCCAUUUCCUCGUGUCGAGCCCUGGAAUGUCGAGUAGCGGCUCGGGCUCUUCCUCGCGGAAGGAGUUCGAUGUGAAGCAGAUCCUGAGAAUCCGAUGGAGGUGGUUCGGUCACCCCGCGGUCCCUCCGCCUCACUCCCCGCCGCUAGGAGACUACUUCCCCGGCAGGAGAGCGGGCGGCAGCUCCGGAGACGGACCCUCAGUUAGCGGCUCUAGCAACUCGAAUUCAAACAGCGUAAACCCCAGUGCGGGGAGUCACGGCGGUCUGGUGGCCAGUGGCAGCGCUGGGUCUAACCUGUGUAACGGCAGCGGCAGCAGCAGAAAGUUUGCUGAUCCGGCUGGGAGUCGGGGCGGUCCGGGAGGAGCGGCAGCUGGAGCGACGGGGAGCUCCUGUCCCCGCUCGUUCAGCCAGCCAGAGUGCCGAAGCUCCUCCGCAGCGCUGUCCUGGGUCUCCCCGCCGCCUCAACGUCGCUCUCGCCCCGUGACGAGCAUGGAGCCCCCCGGGGAGGCCCCUGCACCCCAGCUGGUGUCCGAGCCCCCCGGGGUUGAGGAGGAGGAGGCGGCGGCGGCGACAGCAGCGGUGGCGGCAGCAGCAUGCAACGAGGAGAACAACAACCACCCGGAAACAGACUCCAGCUCCUGCAGGACGUCUAACAGUAGUGCCACGCUGUCCUCAUGUGUGUCAAUGGAGCAGUGCGCGUGUCCGGAGGAGUGCAUGUUUACCGCUCUGUCCCAUGCUGAUGUCACCUUCCGCAAGAUGGAGGGCUACCUGCGGACUAGACAGCUUUGUGAUGUCAUACUGGUGGCUGGGGAGAGGCGAAUACCUGCUCACAGGCUUGUCCUCUCAUCUGUGUCUGACUACUUUGCUGCAAUGUUCACCAGUGAUGUGCGGGAAGCCAAGCAGGACGAGGUGAAGAUGGAGGGUGUAGACCCUGAUGCAUUGUGGGUCCUGGUGCAAUAUGCAUACACAGGCCGUCUUGAGUUGAGGGAAGACACCAUUGAGUCUCUGUUGUCAGCCUCCUGCCUGCUGCAGUUGUCAUCUGUAGUUCAGGCUUGCUGUUCCUUCCUCAUGAAGCAGCUCCACCCAUCCAACUGUCUCGGCAUCCGCUCCUAUGCUGAUGCUCAGGGCUGCCAUGACCUGCAUCGGGCUGCUCACGCCUACACCAUGGAGCACUUUCUGGAGGUGGUUGGAGGCCAGGAGUUCCUCCUACUACCAGUGGAGGAGAUGGAAAGGCUCCUCACAUCUGAUGAGAUUAACGUGCCGGAUGAGGAAACCGUGGUUACGUCUUUACUAACCUGGGUCCGUCAUGACGCUUCCACUCGACAACGCCACCUACCCCGGCUGCUGGCUCAUAUCAGACUCCCGCUGCUGCAACCACAGUUCCUAGCGGACCUUGAGAGCAACCCUCUCCUCCGGGAGAGUGUAGAGUGCCAACGCCUCCUGAUGGAGGGGAUGAAGUAUCACCUUUUACCCCAGCGUCGGCCCCUGCUUCAGAGCCCCCGCACUCGGCCUCGCAAGGCCACCGUAGGAGCCAUGUUCGCUGUGGGUGGCAUGGAUGCUACGAAAGGUGCCACGACUAUUGAGCAGUAUUGUUUACGUCGAGACACCUGGAGGCAGGUUGCCACCAUGAGUGGACGGAGACUACAGUUUGGUGUAGCAGUCCUCGACGGGCGUCUCUACGUAGUUGGAGGGCGAGACGGACUCAAGACACUCAACACUGUGGAGUGUUACAACCCACACAGCAAAACCUGGAGCGUCAUGCCCCCCAUGUCCACACACAGGCAUGGCCUAGGUGUGGCUGUUCUAGAGGGACCCAUGUAUGCAGUAGGAGGACACGAUGGCUGGAGUUACCUCAGUACAGUGGAAAGGUGGGACCCUCAAGGACGCCAGUGGAGCUUUGUUGCAAGCAUGGUUACACCUAGAAGCACAGUAGGAGUAGCUGUUCUCAAUGGCAAAUUGUAUGCAGUAGGAGGUCGUGACGGCUCAUCCUGCCUGCGUUCAGUGGAGUGUUUCGACCCCCACACCAACAGGUGGAGUGGUUGUGCCCCUAUGGCUAAAAGGCGUGGAGGUGUGGGCGUGGCCACGUGGCACGGGUUCCUGUACGCCAUCGGAGGCCACGAUGCUCCGGCGUCAUCCCUGGCAUCUCGGUUAAGUGAUUGUGUGGAAAGGUAUGACCCUCAGACAGAUGUGUGGACAGCUGUGGCUCCCAUGAGCAUCAGCAGAGAUGCCGUAGGUGUUUGUCUCCUUGGUGAUCGUCUGUACGCUGUGGGCGGGUAUGACGGCCAGGUGUAUCUCAAUACUGUGGAAGCUUACGACCCUCAGACAAAUGAGUGGAAACAGGUAGCACCUCUGUGUCUGGGCAGGGCAGGCGCGUGCGUGGUGGCUGUCAGACUGUGAAAGCACAACCUCACAUAGUAGAUGGCAGACUGUUCACCAUAUGGCUCGCAGACCCUCCUCUUUGCCACCGCCGACACUGCUGGGGACACCGAGAGGUCUUUCCGGCCACACCAGGAAACUGUUUGCGAACACUCUUCAGCAAAGACACAUUUUACUCUGCGUAAUGCCGACUAAUCCUUCAGAUUUUAGGCAGAUUAGGGUUCAGGUACAUGUCAGUAGCUCUCCGAUAAAGUUCUCACAUCCCGAUACUUUGUGCCACAGAAGUAAACUGCCAGAAAUACACAUGGCAGAGAGGAAAUCUGCAGUGUUUAUCCGAGCUCGACAGAACAGCUGUCCCACACAUACCGUACGUGCACGUGUAAAUCUACACGGCUGCUUUCAGCUCCCAUUUGUGCUGAGUAAAAAGGUGGAAGACAGAGCGAGAUUGUCAAAACUGCCUCAUCACGUUACGCUCUUCGUUUCUCCAAACAGUAUCUGAUGCUGUGUACUGAUGCUAUUUUAAGAUAGUCCCUAUUAUUUUUAUGCUGCAGUUGGCAAGUGCUCUUCUUCCCCUUGCUUUUUCCCACCGUUACCCGCCGACAGAUGAAAGAAAGACUUUUGACAUAAUCAGCACACCCUCACGAACAGCGAUUCUGUGAGGAACUACAAUUUUCAUGCAAAAACAUUUCAUGCUUCAUCAAAUAUUUCUGCGCAUAUGUCUUCCAUGUUGCAUCAGCUCACAUCUGAAGCCUCUGCAAUGCUGCGGUAUGAAGUUUAUCUCAGCUUUUUAAUAUUUUAUUUUUCUUUAAGUUGCGCCAGAAGAUUGUCCAACUUUUGACUUCGUUAUUUGUUUUUAACUGCCAUUUUUGCACAACUCUAGGUCCAUUAAGCAGAAUAUUUGGGUUUGAAGUGUGUGUGCGUGUGUGUGUGAGA